ACAUUCAUGUAGAAGUGUAAAAUAUAUAUAUAUAUAUAUUCCUUUCUAUUGGGCACAAAAUAAUCUGAAACACAACCAAAACAAACAGCAAAUGCAUUGAAAAAUGUGUAGUCACAAGCUUGUGUGCAUGUGUAGUCAUUGUGUGCAUGUGUAGUCAUUGUGUGCAUGUGUAGUCAUUGUGUGCAUGUGUAGUCAUUGUGUGCAUGUGUAGUCAUUGUGUGCUAUGAACAUGGGAACAUGUGACGGUGAGAAAGUUAAAACGAAUAUAAGUACAUUUGUCCGAAUACUGUUGGUCCCCUAAAAUGUGUGGACUAUGUAUAAAAAGUGCAGUCAUUUCUAAACGGUUAACCCAAAACCAAGGUCAAAUUAAAGCUGACAAUCACUGUGAAGCUAACUUCAUAGUGAUUGUAUAAUUUCAAAUCCAAAGUGCUAGACUAGAGAGCCAAAACAACAACAACAUGUGUCACUAUCCCAAUACUUCUGGAGCUCACUGUGUAUCAUACGGUAAUAUGGUCGGUUUCCACAUUUUGUGGUCAGUGGCCACAUAUCCUGUCUUCUCUUGAGAGCCAGGUCUGCCUAUUGCAAAUCAAAUCAAAUCAAAUGUAUUUAUAAAGACUCUUCUUACAUCAGCUGAUAUCUCAAAGUGCUGUACAGAAACCCAGCCUAAAACCCCAAACAGCAAGCAAUGCAGGUGUAGAAGCACGGUGGCUAGGAAAAAGAAACCUUGAGAGGAACCAGGCUAUGAGGGGUGGCCAGUCCUCUUCUGGCUGUGCCGGGUGGCGAUUAUAACAGAACAUGGCCAAGAUGUUCAAAUGUUCAUAGAUGACCAGCAGGGUCAAAUAAUAAUAAUCACAGUGGUUGUCGAGGGUGCAACAGGUCAGCACCUCAGGAGUAAAUGUCAGUUGGCUUUUCAUAGCCGAUCAUUCAGAGUAUCUCUACCACUCCUGCUGUCCCUAGAGAGUUGGAAACAGCAGGUCUGGGACAGGUAGCACAUCCGGUGAACAGGUCAGGGUUCCAUUGCCGCAGGCAGAACAGUUGUAACUGGAGCAACGGCACGGACAGCAAGGAAUCAUCAGGCCAGGUAGUCCUGAGGCAUGGUCCUAGGGCUCAGGUCCUCCGAGAGAGUGAAAGAAAGAAUUAGAGAGAGGAUACUUAAAUUCACACAGGACACCGGAUAAGACAGGAGAAAUACUCUGGAUAUAACAGACUGAGCCUAUCCCCCAACACAUAAACUACUGCAGCAUACAUACUGGAGGCUGAGACAGGAGUGGUCAGGAGACCCUGUGGCCCAGUUCGACAAUACCCCCGGACAGGGAUAAACAGGCAGGAUAUAACCCCACCCACUUUGCCAAAGCACAGCCCCCACACCACUAGAGGGAUAUCUUCAACCACCAACUUACCAUCCUGAGUAUAGCCCACAAAGAUCUCUGCCACGGCUCAACCCAAGAGGGGGGCACCAACCCCGACAGGAAGAUCAUGGUCCUUCUGUAGCACAGUUGGUAGAGCAUGGCGCUUGUAACGCCAGGGUAGUGGGUUCGAUUCCCGGGACCACCCAUACGUAGAAUGUAUGCACACAUGACUGUAAGUCGCUUUGGAUAAAAGUGUCUGCUAAAUGGCAUAUAUUUAUCAUGUCAGUGACUCAACUCACUCGUGUGACUCACCCCUCCAAGGGUUGGCAUGGAAGAGGCAACCUCUCACAAUAGCAAGGCUAUACUCACUUAGUCUGUACAUUGUCAAGACUUUUCUUCAUUAUGAGUCAGUUAUAUUGGUAAAGUAUUCUGCCACUGUGUCCUCUCUGUUUAGGGCCAAAUAGCAUUCCAGCAUGCUCGUUUUUUUUCUGUCCAAUGUUUCAAGUAGCUCUCAUUAAAUUGUCUCGUAACUAGGUUUGGUCAAAUUAGGUUGCGGUCUUGGGGCGAUGUGGUGUCUAUUUAUAUUUGUGAAUAGAGCCCCAGAAUCAGCUGGCUGAGGGGACUCUUCUCUAGGUUCAUCUCUCUGUAGGUUGAGGCAUCACUUUCCUUUAGGUGGUUGUGGAAUUUAACGCCACUUUUCUAGAUUUGGAUAAUUAGCCGCUAUAGUCCUAAUUCUGCUCUGCAUGCAUUAUUGUCUCCCUCUCAAAGUCUCUCUUCCCCUCUGUUCAAACUCACCUCACUGCAGCCUUCAGCGCUCCCGUCAGGCUAGGCAUAUGAUUGGCUGAGGCCAUGCUAUGAUGUCAUCGCUGAAUCUUAUAAGGGUUCUGACAGACAGCCUGGGAGCGACAUUAGCAGAAACACUGCACGGUAGUGAGGGAGAAAGCGAGACAGAAAGAGAGAGAGAGAGUGACAGAGAGAGCUAGUGUAAGAGGAAAAGAGAGAGAGAGAGUGACAGAGAGAGCUAGUGUAAGAGGAAGAGAGAGAGAGAGUGACAGAGAGAGCUAGUGUAAGAGGAAAAGAGAGAGAGAGUGACAGAAGGAUGUGGGAAACUAUACACUGAGGAACUACUCAAACCUGAAGAAUACUUUUAUGACAACGUGUAUGGGAGGUUGGACAGGGAACAAAACCUGUGGAGACAAUGGGCAGUUGCACCCCCCCUGUGCCUUCCCUCAACGUCACCGAGUCAGCCAACACAUCAUGGGCUGGGGCGGCUGGCGGCGAACCAGGUUACAGUGAGGUGGAGAUGGUCCUCCUAGGCAUGGUUAUGUCACUGCUGGUCGUUGGCAUCGUGUUUGGCAACAUCCUGGUCAUCAUAGCCAUCUACCGGUUCCAGAGACUGCAGAACAUCACCAACUGCUUCAUCACCUCUCUGGCCUGUGCUGACCUGGUCAUGGGUCUCAUCGUGGUGCCGUUCGGCGCCUGCUACAUCAUCUUCAACACCUGGCACUUCGGCAGCUUCUGGUGUGAGUUCUGGACUGCCACGGACGUGUUGUGUGUGACGGCGAGCAUCGAGACGCUCUGCGUGAUAGCGCUGGACCGUUACCUGGCCAUAACCUCUCCGUUCCGCUACCAGUCUCUGCUGACCAAGUGUAAGGCACGCGUGGUGGUCCUGCUGGUGUGGGUGAUCGCUGGACUCAUCUCAUUCUUACCCAUUCACAUGAAGUGGUGGAUCAGUGACGACGCGGAGGCGAAGGCCUGCAUCCAGAACAGCAACUGCUGUGACUUCAACACCAACACAGCCUACGCCAUCACCUCCUCCAUCAUCUCCUUCUACAUCCCCUUAGUCGUCAUGGUGUUUGUCUACAGCCGCGUGUUCCAGGAGGCCAAGCAGCAACUUCGCAAGAUCGACCGCAGUGAGGGGCGCUUCCACGCCCAUAACAACAACAUCGCAGGAGGAGGAGGGGUGGAGAAUAACAAUGAGAGCCGAGGAGUUGGAGGAGGCUUCAGGAAGACCAAGUUCUGCCUGCGGGAACACAAGGCCCUGAAGACCCUCGGGAUCAUCAUGGGGAUCUUCACGCUGUGCUGGUUACCCUUCUUCGUCCUCAACGUGGUGGUAGCCAUCUGGAAGGUAGGGGACAUCGGACUCGCCUUCAGGAUACUCAACUGGAUAGGUUACGCCAACUCCGCAUUCAACCCCUUGAUCUACUGCAGGAGCCCUGAGUUCAGAUACGCAUUCAAGGAGAUCCUGUGCAUCAAGAAGGUCCGGUUCCCCAACAUAGGGCCUACUAAUGGAUACAUGUACAGCGGACACAGCUGGCAGAGUGAGCAGCAGGGAGGGAGGAGUAAGGGGAGCUCGGAGGACAGUGACCCAGCUGCAGACGGGUGCUCAGGGAGGGGAGAGGCGGGUGGGGGUGGAGCUGCAGACGGAACGGACCCGAACGGGAACUGCAGUAAAGGGUUAACAAUUGUACUUUAACCCCCUCACCUUGCUAAGGGAAGUGAACAACCUUUGGAACAGACAGACAUGUUUCACAGUUAUCGUCCAUUGUCAAUUCACCAAGUCACUGAGAUGAGACUGGAUGGAAGGAUAGAGGGUGAAUGGUAGGCGGGUAGCACAGGUGAGACUAGAUUGAGGACAGGAGAGGAAUUUGUUACAUUUCACCAGUAGGUUUGCAAGUUGAAUGUAUAUUUAGAGAGAGAGAGAUCAUGUAGAUUAUUUCAUCUACCUCAACUUGUUGUUUAAGAUAUCUAUACGUUCUUAUCAUGUAUCAUCUAAAUAUGUCACAUUGAUUCACUGACCACAGAAACCAGACUGGCUCAUAAAUCCAGAAGAUCGUUUUACUCUGUGUCCACCCAUACAUGAAAUGUAUGCACACAUGAAUGUAUGGCAUAUAUCAUCAUGAAUAAUUGGAGAGAGAGAGAGAGAGAGAGAGAGAGAGAGAGAGAGAGAGAGAGAGAGAGAGAGAGAGAGAGAGAGAGAGAGAGAGAG